UCGCAAGCUAGCGGGAGUUGAACCGAUUCGUCCCGCCAUCUUGAAAUAUAACCGUGCUUGAUCGUUGCUAGACAUUCUGUUCAAGGAAGGAACUGUCAGUACAUGUACACAUACAUACGUUCGAUUCGUAUUACGCGUAUCUUUCCGCUUUUGAACUUCAACCCAACGUAACAAGAGCUAGAUUUUGAAUCGAGAUUCUCACGUUUUGACAUUUUCAUCGUAUCUAUCCUAUCGCACAGUGAAUUAACUUAUAAUAUACAUGUUUGUAAGUUGCACAUACGUACGUCUUUAUACAUUUAAAUCGUUUUCUGUUAACAAGCAUCGCGAAUACUACGAGCAUUCUCUCUUUUGUAAUAAUUCUUUCAUUCUGAAAUACCCUGGUAAAUUGGCAGUCAUAGAAGUUAUGGUGUACGUUUUAUUUACAUUAAUGAAAAAGAAAGUCUUUGAACGACUGCUGCGUCAAUCUGAAAAUAGAAAGCAGGGAAGGUCGUUCGAUUGUCUCGAAAACUACUUAACAGAAUAAGCACAGAACCAACAGAUAGUACUGCAAGGAACCGUGUAUCCCUAACCUGAUAUUGCAUACGAAUAAUGUGGGCAAACUUAAAAAUAUGAGAUUCUCAACGUUGCAAGAUCAAGUAUACGGGGUAGAUUUACCUCAGGGGCAGAUGCUCAGCGACACAAGUCAAACUGUGAUGGCUACUGGGGAUACUAUAGAAUUGAAAAAUGAUAAUCCUUUAGAAGAAGGUUCUGUGGUAUCCAAUCUUCCCCUUUUAUUUGCCAAUGGACACCCAACAUCAUUGGAAAAAAUCACAUUAGUACAAUUGGAACGCUUUAUAACAUUCAUGGUUCAGUGUUCACUAGGUCAUGACACUAGUGAUGCCAUCACUGAACCACGGUGGUGGCCAAAAGAAGUGAAGUUUUCAAAUCCCCUCAUAAGACCUAAAAAAAUCAAUGAAAGCUGGAUGUCUAAUUUAAAGAAAUUGGUAUUUAGAUGUUACACAUACCACAGAAGCGAAUAUCUAUUGCGUUUUUGCUCUUACCUUGCGCGAUAUUCGCAAGAAGACUUAGACUAUGUUAAUAAUUGGGACUCGACCACGAGUUUGUAUCACAAAACUACUGGAAAACUAUUAGUAACGUUUCGUAACGAAAAUAUGAAUUAUGACAAACGAUAUGAAAGUCCACGAAAAAAGUUGCUUUCAUGCAGUGGAGUUUCUUCUUGUUUCUCAACUAAAUUGAAACAGCAUCCCAUUGCUAUGGUUGAACCACCAAUGGAAGACAUAUACUUGUGCGACAAUUGUGAUGCUGAAUUUGUAGGCCUACAAAAGAUGAAGGAGCAUGAACGCACGUGCCGCGAACGGGAACACAGCGGAGGCAAUUCACGGUCCACAACGCCAGACGUAUCAAUUCCAGAGCCUGAAUUAAGUCAAAACCAAUUCUUGGAUUACUUUCGAUUGUGUUCCAUGAACACUGAACCGAAAUCAAUCGUGACUAAUAAAAGCGUUACAACUAACAACAACUUCGGCGAGGGACGUGCCUCUCGCCGUGUUCGAGGUUCUAUUAAUUUUACAAGAUGCUCAACUAUUCCUUUCUCGUCUCCUGCCGGCGUGUUGUUAGCUAAGAAGUCAAAAGCGAUGACCGAAGAAACUCAGUUAGAAAGGCUAGAGAGGAUAGAGAGACAUCUUAUCGCUCCCGUUUUGAACAAUUCAUGUAAACCCAAAUGGUUGGGGUCAGAAUUUGGUCACGAUAGAUGGAUCGUUACAUACAAACCGAAUCGAGAAAAACUCGUAGAUGAUUAUGUGCACCAAUACAAAUUUGUCAACUCUGUUAAGAGAAAACCGAUGUUAAGCAUACAUUCGCAAUUGUUAUAUGUUGCGUGUCGUCCUGUUUACGUUCUUUUGACGAACCUGACUGAAGAACAGAUAAAAGAUCUCAAGCGAGAUCCACCGAAAUGUCAAUGUCUCGUACGAAAAGUUUCAGUCGACGAUAAGGAAUCGAUGACGGAAGACAAAGAGAAAGUGAGACGAAACGGUUCCUCUAAACGUAAAGCACCGAGUGACGAAAGUGAUUCGAACGCGAUGGAGAAAGAUGAAAGGAUUGUUAGCAACGAGGCAAGUGUUGGACAUUUAACUGUUUUCGGAGUUACAAAAUCGUGCGACGAAAACAAUACAGCUGUUGCACAACCUAUAAAGGAAACAACUUUGUACCCUAACCCGUCAAAUAGGGUUACAGUGAUCGACCUCUGCUCCUCGGAUGAAGACGAGAGUCCAGCGAUUCCUGCACCUUCGGACGAAAAUAGGGAUCCGAUGAAUUACAUCCCCGGCGACGUGACGAAGUCUUUGUUACAGAAGUUUUCUACGACGACGUUUCAUCUACAACCUCACAUUUGUCCAACGAAUGAAACUACUGAAUGGCUAGCGGAUAAGAUUUUGAACAACGGUAGUGAAAAUUGUACAAGCAAGUACCGUAGUACAAUGUUGAAUACGAGUCUGUCCCCGAUAAUUAGACCAGCACCAUAAAAUCUUGAUGAUUUUGUGCGUAAUAUUCAUCGU